AUGAUGCAGUGCCAGGCGGACGAGUUCUGCGACGGUGUCGUCGUGGACGCGGGCAAGCCGCACGGCCCGUGCAGCUUGCGCGGGCAGCUCACCGUCUCCUCGUGCGACAAUGCCUCCGAUACCUGGCUGUACGGCUCCGUCCGCGACCGCGUCGACAGGAUCACGCGCAGGGCGGGCUGGGAGCUACAUGAGAGGAGGAACUGCUGGGCUGGACAUGGCAGCGCGGAUAUCCCAGCCGACCUUCUGCCCGCGAGGCAGCUCGCCGACGACGAGGCCGCUCCCAUUGUCGCCCUCGACGAGUGCUUUGUGCUCUGCCAGCAAAACCCGCUCUGCGACGGAGUGAUCGUUAGCAAGGGACUGGAGCACACGGAGUGCUUCCAACGCGCGUGGGUGGAUCCGUCCAAGUGCGUGGAGAGCGAGGCCCUUGACCUCUGGACCUUGGGUGCAGCCGCGAAGAGCCCUGCCAACCCUGAGCCUCCACCCAGCGGUGAGGGGUUGGACCGGCUGGUGGGCGUGAUCGAUAUGGUCAGGCAGGACGGUUUCCAGGAUCUCGACUUGAGAAGUUGCGCGUUGGUUGGUUCGGCGGGGAGUUUGCUUGGCCAAGGCGCGGGCGUGGAGAUUGACAGCCACACCGCCGUCAUCAGAGUCAACCGCCUGCCAACCGAGAGUUUCCACGCCGAUUUCGGGAUGCGGACAGACUUCCUCUUCCUCAGCAAGGAGUGGAGUGGUGGUGGCAAGGUUGCCCUGAUGGGCGGGGGCGAACCCGAAGUGGUCGAGUGCCAUGACGCCAAUGGCUGCGACGUCGCGGCCAUCAUUGUACGGUCAGACCUGGAGCCGUGCAAUACUGGUCGCAUGAAGGAGGCGUGGGGCCCCACGCACACCUUGGUGGGCUGCCAGCACGCAAACAUAUCGAGAAUGGUCUCCCUGGGCUUCAGCUCUCUUCAUGGCAUGCUGGCGAGCACAGGGCUGCAGGCGUUCUUCACAUUCUUGCCCGUCUGCGGCGAGCUCAUCCUCUACGGCUUCGGGGGCCUGGACGUGGCCGACGGCCAUCCAAUGCAGCACGACAGUAUUGAUUUAUACGACGAACACGUAAUUGAAGGCAUGGCGGCUGACGGAAAGUGGGAUGAGAUUCCAUGGAGGACGCAGUUCUUGGAAUUUGAAUGGAUGCGUUCGAACGCAGCCCGAGUGGACAGGAGGUUUUCCUACGCGUGA